AUGACCUCUGAUUCGAAUAAAGAAAAUGAGCUGUCUAAGUAUAUUAAAGAAUAUACACCGGGCAUUAUCGAGAAAGAAGUCAGCUAUGGCAAGCAGUUCUCCGUCACAAAAAGCGAAAUCGAACUAGAACCUUUACUGAAACCAAACCCACACCGUUUCGUCCUUUUCCCCAUAGAAUAUCACGAUGUCUGGCAAUUUUAUAAGAAGGCUGUAGCUUCUUUUUGGACUGUGGAAGAGGUGGAUUUAUCUAAAGAUCUCAUACAUUGGGAGUCGCUCAAGGUUGGGGAACGUCAUUUCAUAUCUUAUGUGUUGGCCUUCUUUGCGGCGAGUGACGGAAUCGUACUCGAGAACCUCCUAGAACGCUUCAGCCAGGAAGUCCAGAUCCCAGAGGUUCGUUGUUUUUAUGGAAUGCAGAUAGCUAUCGAGAAUAUUCACUCUGAAAUGUACUCUUUGUUAAUUGAUACAUACAUCAAAGACUCCAAAGAAAGGGACUUUCUCUUCAACGCCAUAAGCAACUUAACUUGUGUUGCAAAAAAGGCUCAGUGGGCAUUAGAUUGGAUUGGAGAUUCUAUGUCUACUUUUGCAGAACGUUUAAUUGCUUUUGCAGCAGUGGAAGGUGUCUUUUUUUCUGGUAGCUUCGCAGCUAUAUUCUGGCUUAAGAAACGAGGUCUUAUGCCUGGACUGUCUUUUAGCAAUGAAUUAAUCAGUAGAGACGAAGGACUACAUUGUGACUUCGCUUGUUUAUUGUUUAAACAUAUUAUCAAAAAGCCUUCCAAGGAACGUGUUGAGUCAAUUAUAAGAGAGGCGGUUCUAAUAGAACAGGAGUUUUUAUCUGAAGCUCUACCAGUCAGCUUAAUUGGAAUGAAUUGCAAACUGAUGUGUCAGUAUAUUGAAUUUAUCGCAGACAGGCUACUAGUUGAACUUGGUUAUGAAAAGAUGUAUCAUUCUGACAAUCCUUUUGACUUUAUGGAAAAUAUAUCAAUCGAAGGAAAGACUAACUUUUUCGAGAAGCGAGUUGGUGAAUAUCAACGUGCUGGUGUCAUGUCUCGAGCGAGAGGCGAGUCAACCCAUAACUUUUCUGUUGAUGAAGAUUUUUAA